AUGUUAUUUGCUAAUGAUUUGGUGUUACAUGACGAAGCAAAUUAUUUCCCAAUUUUGACUGUUACGGAGAUAGAGGAUGAUGAGUAUUGUUUUGAUGUUUCCCUGUGGGAACCUACCUCUGUUGUUACUCGUUCUCGUGCUCGAGAGAUUGAUCUCGAUAAUGUUAAUUUAGACUUUGAUGAAAUGAAUGGACAGGCGACUGACAUAGUGACGAGUAGUAAUGUUGUGAGAGAGCACUGGGAGGGAGAAACCCCGGAAAUGAAUGUUUUGGAUUAUGUAUCUAAUUUACAGGAGAAAUUGCGUAGAGCUUGGACCUUUGCCCGGGAAAAUUUAACAAAGGCUCAAGCUACUAUGAAAACAAAUUAUGAUGUUGGAACCCAAAUGAGACAUUUUGAUCCGGGAGACAAAGUCUUGCACCUGGAUAAGGACAAAGUAACGUCUUUAACAAUGUUAAUUAAUGAUUAUAAAGAUUUAUUUCAGGAUUCACCAGGACGCACUAAUAUUUUAGAACACGAUGUUGAUGUAGGGGAGGCACGACCUAUUAAACAAAGUCCGUAUAGGUUAAACCGCAUCAAAAGGGACAUCGUUAAAGAUGAAGUGAACGACGAUUGGGAGACACAUCUAAAGAGAAUUAGAGCUAUAUUUGAGGUUCUAAGAAAGGCUGGUUUGGUAGUUAAUUUAAGGAAGAGUGAUUUUGCUCAGGCCAAGGUAGUUUAUCUUGGGCACGAGAUAGGCCUGGGUAAAGUCGCUCCUAAGAAAGCGAAUGUGGAGGCUAUUUCAAACUUUCCUGCACCUCAAAAUAGGAGAGGUGUAAGACGUUUUCUGGGCAUGGUAGGUUACUACCGCAAGUUUGUGAAAAACUUUUCCGAUAUUGCUCAUCCAUUAACUAAUCUUUUGAAGAAAGAUGUAAAAUUUAUUUGGGAUGACCAGUGUUCAGGAAUCGUUUGA